AUGGAUCUGCCUGUGGAUGAGUGGAAAUCGUACAUACUUCAGAAGUGGUCUUUGGUCCCAAAAUCCAUUCGGGACACAAUUUGUACAGCAGAGACUUUGAGCGAUAUCUUUCUUCACUCCUCUUCGCUUCUUCAACCAGAGGAUGAGAUGUUUCUAAAAGAGCUUUCUAGAGGUUACCUGGUGGGAAAGGACCCCGAUGCUCCCCUUUUCUACAGAGAAGAAGGAAACAAAAAAUUUCAGGAGAAGGAUUAUGUGGGAGCCACAGUGCUGUACACUAAGGGAGUAUCGCAUUCAAGGCCAAACACUGAGGACAUUUCGUUGUGUUAUGCCAAUCGCUCUGCAGCCCUCUUCCGCCUGGGCCAGUAUGAAGCAUGUCUUAAAGACAUCAGCAGAGCACAGACGCAUGGGUAUCCAGAAAGAUUGCAACUCAAGAUGAUGUUACGUAAGGCAGAGUGUCUGGUGACUCUGGGGAGACUACAGGAGGCAAGCCAGAUCAUCCGUGAUCUGGAAAGUAAUUUCACUGACAGACAAACCCUAGCAGCUUCCCAGUUCCAAAUUCUGCAGAGCACCCUCUGUCGUCUAAAAACGAAGGUACAGGAAAAGGAGACCCCCACAGGAACCUUCCCAGCAGCUCUAACCACCGACUUUGAGGAUAUGAACCUAAGGGAAGAGAAUGAACGGAUUUCCUGUGCAUCCUCAUCUGUCACUUUAUGCACAGACCCUUCAAAAGGCCGCGGUCUGAUCGCCACAAAGGAUAUUCUCCCCGGAGAGCUCCUGGUGAAAGAGGACGCUUUCGUGAGUGUCCUCAACCCAGGAGAAAUGCCACCGCUACAUGCCAGCCUGGAGAGCAAGUGGGAUACCAGAGCCACCAAUGGGGACCUGUACUGUCACCGGUGUUUGAAGCACACUCUGGCCCCUGUUCCCUGUGACGGAUGCAGCUAUGCCAAGUAUUGCAGCCAAGAGUGUAUGCAGCAGGCCUGGGGUCUCUACCACAGGGUAGAGUGUCCUCUAGGCGGGCUGCUUCUCACACUGGGGGUCUUUUGCCACGUUGCCCUGAGGGCAACCCUCUUAGCUAGACGUGAGGAUGUCGGCAAAGUCACAAGGACGCUUUGUGACGAGAUCAGUAACAGGGACAUCCGUUCACCUGAAAGCAAGAAUCUGGUGCCAACCCUCGGUCACGACCUGGCAGGGGAGAGGGAGAAAAAUGGCGAGACAGUUGAGCCCCCAAUUCCCGGAUGUGAUAGUAACGGGAAAUAUGAAAGCAAUUAUAAUGCUGUCUUGCACCUUUUGCCCCACACUCAAAAUCAUGGCCCAGAGCACAAAUUCCUCUGCGCUCUCAGCGUUGCUGCCCUGUGCAGGCAGCUGGAAGCAGCCAGUUUGCAGACCCGCACAACAAGUCUGAAAUCCUCUCAGCCCGAAGCUGCAGUGGUUCCUGCGACGAGUCAAGAGCUGCAUAGUUGGGGAGUGGCCAUGCUGAGACACAUGUUACAGCUACAGUGUAACGCUCAGGCAAUAACUACCCUACAGCAGACAGGAUCCAAAGAGAGCAUCGUUACCGACAGCAGGCAGGUCCGCCUGGCCGCCGGCCUCUUCCCCGUGGUCAGCCUCCUGAACCAUUCCUGCAGCCCCAACACCAGCGUGUCCUUCGUGGGCGCGGCGGCCAGCGUCCGGGCCUCGCUGCGGAUCGGGAAAGGGCAGGAGGUCCUCCACUGCUACGGGCCUCACGAGAGCAGGAUGGGUGUCGCUGAGAGGCAGCAGAAGCUGAGGGCGCAGUAUUUCUUUGACUGCAACUGCCCGGCUUGUCAGGAGGGGACACGCAGAGCCGCGGGGCCCAGGUGGGACGCGUUCCGCUGUCCCCGCUGCGGAGAGCUCAUGCAGGGAGGUGAUGUGCUGAGCUGUGGCAGCGCCUCCUGUACGGAACCGGCCAGCCGGGACCACCUAGUGUCUCGGGUCCAGGACCUUCAGCAGCAGGUCGGGAAAGCCCAGAAGCUUCUCCGGAAUGGCAAACGAGAGCGAGCCAUUCAGCUGCUGUUGGGGUGCCAGCAUGAUGCUGAGAGCUUCCUGUCCGCAGAACACAGCCUGGUGGGAGAAAUCCAGGAUGUGCUGGCCCAGGCCUAUGCUGCGUUAGAGGACUGGCAGAAGUCCGCCACCCACCUUCAGAGGAGCCUCCGAGUGGUUGAGGCUCGCCACGGGCCAUCCAGUGUCGAAAUGGGCCAUGAGCUCUUCAAACUGGCCCAGAUCUUUUUCAAUGGGUUCGCCGUACCCGAAGCUCUGAACACGAUACAAAAGGCAGAAAAGGUUCUCCUGGUGCACUAUGGCCCGUGGAAUGACGAGAUCCAGGAGCUACAAGAGAUGAAGUCCUGUUUAUUGGACUUGCCGCCCGCACCUGGGGGGCCUUCCGUGUAG